UAAAGGCAGGAGAAAACAGAACAGGGCACAGUCCCUUUGUGUGAGGAGAAAGGAAUUCUGCAUUUCUGUGUGAGACACUGCCUCUCCCCACACCUCAGGAUUAAUAUUCCCCCUGGUUCCAGCAGGGUGGCUGAAAUGACUUUUGCCUGUAUGAGCGUGGAAAGGUUUGGGAAGCAAUUUAGCAUUGGUGAUAUCACCACAAAUUAACUACAACUAAUCCAUUUGUGACUUCUCUCACUAAGUAAAUACUGUGCAGCCAGAUGCAGAGUACUCCCUGUGGACACAGAGUGACUGCCAAAGGUGCUGGCAUGUGAUGCCGCCCUGCACGCACUUCUCACUGCUCUUACUCUCUUUGGAGUCUCUUUCCUUGUGUUUUCUCAGGCCCCUGUGUGGCUGGAGUUGUGGGGUACAAAAUGCCUCGGUACUGCCUCUUUGGGGACACAGUGAACACGGCGUCCCGCAUGGAAUCCAGCAGCCUGCCACAGAAGAUCCACAUCAGUUCUGCUACAUAUGAAGCCCUUCUCACAGAUGAUGCAUAUGAAAUCGAGCUGAGAGGGGAAAUUGAAAUCAAGGGCAAAGGGAAAAUGAAAACCUACUGGCUUCUUGGAAACAAGAACUACAGUGUUCAGAAUGACAGCCUGGUGUGCCACUGGAAUCCAGCAAUCUCCAAGAAGAAAAAGAUGGAAAGUAGCCAGGGAUCUGUCCAACAAGCACGGAGCCCUGCCUUGUCCUGGGAUGAGCUGAGCCCCCACACUCAAAGGAGUUCCAGACCAGAGGGUGUCACCCAUGGAGUGAGCCAAAAGCAGGGGAAUGGCUUUCAGCACAGCUCCCAGCACAGCCUGCAGGAGAACCUCCCUUCUCUGGGCUCACGUACCAGUUUAGAACACAGCUCACAUGGCACUAAAACACCAUGGAAAAAUGAGCUUCUUCCAGGUUGUGUAGAUGAGAUGUGACAGUGAAGUGACCCAGGCACACACAGCUCCUUUAAAUAACAUUCCCUUUUUUCUUCUAGCCACAACUGGCAUUUUUAGCUGGUAUGUUGAUGUGGGAACCUGAAACACCCAUAGAAAUUUAGGAAGGUGUCUCAAAACAAGGAGAAGCUACAGAAGUGCAGAUGGGAGCAUGGCUGGUAGGUGAGAGAUGUACAGCAGUGUGACUUUUAUUUCACUAAAGCCAUUCUAGAUUUAUGUCUGUAGGUGACACAGAAUGCAAAGUCCAGAAUGGUGAGGGUGCUUUGAGACCCUGACACAUCACAACAAACUGUUUGUUUCAAGUUGGCCUUUACAGCUCCCCAGGGAACCAUGGCUUGAAAAAUGUGCAGCUUUAAACAGUGGGAGAGGGAGCUGCAAAAUCCUGAUGGAGAAGGAAAUAACUCCUUUUGAUUAUUGUUUGGAGAUACAAAUAAAAUGAGGACAACACUGAAUUGCUUCAGUAAGUUUGUGUAGCACUUUGUCUUUCCAGCCCCUCUCCCCUGCAGUGGAAUCUCCCCUCCAUAAAUGUAUUUUUCCCAUUAUCAGUCUCCUGGGGGCUUGGUGGUGA